GUGCUUGUUGUUCCUUUCUCUCCCUCUAUCUCUAUGUAGUCCAUACUCUCUCUCCACACACACUGUUCUUCUUCCCAUUUCUUUCUCUCUCUCUCUCUCUCUUCAUUCUUUCUCUCUCUACAAUGGCCCAUCUCUUCAGGGACCUCUCAUUGGGACAUUCCAAGAGAGAGACCACUCCGCCGCCACCGCCGCCCUCAAUUACGCCUCCCAGGCAAUCUCACGCUGAAGACCUUCCGUCACCGCUCGGUCAGCUCGCCGCCAAGCUCACCGAUUCCGACCUCACCCUAACGGCCUACGAGAUCUUCGUCGCCGCAUGCCGCACCUCCUCCGGGAAGCCUCUGAGCUCCGCUGCCAAUGGCUCCAACUCCAACAGCAGCAGCAACAACAACAACCACUACUCGUCGUCCUCCACUGAGUCGCCGAGUCACAACUCGCCGAACACGCCGGCGGUGCAGCGAUCCCUCACUUCCACAGCCGCCAGCAAGGUGAAGAAGGCGUUCGGUUUGAAAUCGCCGGGUUCGGGGUCCAGGAAGAGUCCUGGCCCAGGUCCGGGUUCGGGUUCAGGUUCGGGUCAGGGAAAGCCGAAGAGGCCGUUAACGGUUGGGGAGCUCAUGAGGAACCAGAUGAGGGUUUCGGAAGCCAUGGAUUCGCGCGUGAGGCGUGCGCUGCUCAGGAUCUCCGCUGGCCAGGUUGGAAGGAGGAUUGAGUCUGUGGUGGUUCCGCUUGAGCUUUUGCAGCAGCUCAAGUCUUCGGAUUUUACUGAUCAGCAGGAGUAUGAAGAAUGGCAGAAGAGGACACUGAAGGUUCUGGAGGCCGGUCUGAUUUUGCAUCCACACAUGCCAGUCGAUAAGUCCAAUUCCGCCGCACAGCGUCUGCGGCAGAUUGUUCAUUCGGCUUUGGAUAGGCCGAUAGAAACUGGGAGGAACAAUGAGUCUAUGCAGGUUCUUCGUAGUGCUGUCAUGUCGCUUGCAAGUAGGUCAUAUGAUGGGUCUGAUUCAUGCCACUGGGCUGAUGGGAUUCCUCUGAAUCUUCGGCUUUAUGAAAUGCUGCUGCAGUCAUGCUUUGAUGCUAAUGAUGAGUCAUCAGUUAUUGAGGAGUUUGAUGAACUAAUGGAACAGAUUAAGAAGACCUGGGGAAUCCUUGGACUGAACCAGACACUCCAUAAUCUCUGUUUUACUUGGGUUUUGUUUCACCGAUUUGUUGUGACCGGACAGGUAGAUUUGGACCUGCUUUCUGCAGCUGAUGGCCAGCUAGCUGAAGUAGCAAAGGAUGCAAAAACAACAAAGGAUGCAGAAUAUUCCAAAGUUUUGAGUUCUACGUUGACUUCAAUAUUAGGAUGGGCUGAGAAAAGGCUCCUUGCAUAUCAUGAAACUUUUGACCGUGGAAAUGUUGAGACCAUGCAGGGAAUUGUUUCUUUAGGAGUUGCAGCAGCUAAAAUUUUAGUUGAAGACAUUUCUACUGAGUAUCGGCGAAGAAGAAGAACUGAAGUCAAUGUGGCCCGUGAAAGGAUUGAUACUUACAUCAGGUCAUCACUACGCACUGCUUUUGCUCAGAUAAUGGAGAAAGCAGACUCAAGCAGGAGAGCAUCAAAAAAUCAGCCAAAUGCUCUCCCACUCCUUGCCAUCCUUGCAAAGGAUGUAGGUAGCUUGGCAGUUACUGAAAAGCAAGUGUUUAGUCCAAUACUUAAGAGAUGGCAUCCUUUGGCAGCAGGUCUUGCUGUUGCCACCCUUCAUCAAUGCUAUGGGAAUGAAUUGAAGCAAUUCAUAUCGGGCAUCACAGAACUGACACCUGAUGCUGUUCAAGUGUUGAGAGCCGCCGAUCAGUUGGAGAAAGACCUUGUGCAGAUAGCAGUUGAAGAUUCAGUGGAGAGUGAUGAUGGUGGUAAAGCAAUAAUCCGUGAGAUGCCUCCUUAUGAGGCUGAAGCUGCAAUUGCAAAUCUGGUGAAAAUAUGGAUUAAGACUAGAUUAGACAGACUGAAGGAGUGGGUUGAUAGAAAUCUUCAGCAAGAGCAUUGGAUUGCACAAACAAAUCAAGAAGGAUAUGCUCCAUCUGCCGUUGAAGUUUUGCGAAUCAUGAAUGAAACUUUGGAUGCAUACUUUCAGCUCCCAAUACCGAUGCAUCCUGCUUUGCUUCCUGAAGUGAUGGCUGGCCUUGACAGAUGCCUUCAGUACUAUGUUACCAAAGCAAAAUCUGGAUGCGGAUCACGAAAUUCAUUUGUUCCAACAAUGCCAGCAUUGACCAGAUGCACCAUGGAGUCAAAGUUUCAAGGCUUUGGGAAGAAAAAGGAAAAAUCUCCCAAUUCCCAGAAGCGAAAUCCUCAGGUAGCAACAAAUGGGGAUAGCUCUUCUGGGAUACCACAACUCUGUGUGCGUAUAAAUACUUUGCAAUGGAUCCUGGGUGAAUUUGAUGUCCUGGAAAAAAGAAUAAUUACACUUUUACGGAACUCUGAAUCUGCUCAAGUAGAGGAUUUUUCAAAUGGAUUAGCGAAAAAGUUUGAACUCUCUCCAGCAGCUUGUCUAGAAGGAAUUCAACAACUCUGUGAGGCAGUGGCAUAUAGAAUUGUCUUUCAUGAUCUUAGACAGGUUUUAUGGGAUGGUUUAUAUAUUGGGGAUCCAUCAUCUUCCAGGAUUGAGCCAUUUCUCCAGGAACUCGAGCGGAAGUUGAUGUUUGUUUCAGACACUGUUCAUGAAAGAAUCCGCACCCGUCUUAUCACUGAAAUAAUGAGAGCUUCCUUUGAUGGAUUCUUGCUUGUAUUGCUUGCUGGUGGUCCAUCCCGUGCUUUUUCCCGGAAGGACUCUCAGAUCAUCGAGGAUGAUUUCAAAUUUCUUAAGGAACUAUUUUGGGCAAAUGGGGAUGGCUUGCCUUCUGAAUUAAUAGACAAGUUUUCAACUACUGUGAGAUCUAUCCUUCCCCUUUUCAGAACUGACACAGAGACCAUUAUAGAGCGGUUUAGACGGGUAACCCUGGAGACAUAUAAAUCCUCUGCAAGGUCUAGGCUUCCAUUACCUCCAACUUCUGGCCAGUGGGAUCCAUCUGAACCAAACACGUUAUUACGUGUUCUAUGCUAUAGAAACGAUGAAAUAGCCUCUAAGUUUCUUAAAAAGACAUAUGAUCUACCUAAGAAACUCUAAACUGAGAAACAGUAAAUGGGAUGGAAAAUUGGGAUGUGGAUGGGGACUAUGCAUUCUGCUUAACAGCCUGGUUAUUCUUGUAUUUAUUACAACAUUGCCCAGCUAAUAUAUGUGCAUUAUUCUUCAGGAUGUGACUCUCUUGUAGCCAAAAGCUUAUUGCUACUGGCAUAUUCUUAAGAGUAUGAAGUGAGGCAGCUCAAAUGGUAGCUAGAAUGGCUGGCUUACAUCAGAAGGUAGUUGAAUAUAUUCUUUCUGAUUCAUUUAUUAUUCUAAGAUAUAUUUCACGGUGCUUCUUUGUUCUUUCUACGUUUA